CUUAGUAUGGUACAUUAUUGAACUUUUAUGUACACUGUUUAUGUCGCUCCUUCCUAGUCUUCAGACGAGUGAUGACAAAUUUAGUGGUCAUCGUCGUCCUUCCCAACCAUGUUGAUCCUGACUCUGACUACCAUCUAUCUAUAGAUUCUAUUCUAUACUUGUGAUAAGUGCUCCUAAGUAAAGUACUAAUAAUCCCAACUCUCUACAAAUGAAGAAUCUUUAACCCCAUACACUUAAAUCGUCCUCAAGUUUUAUCCUUUUCAGAAUAAUUCUAAUCUACAGGCUUGGAACCAAUCUGGGUCUUUGGGAAAAUGUCGAAACAAGGCCUUGAGUACUGGUUUCAAUGGCAAGUUCCUGUGUGUGCUUUGGUUUUUGUCAUACCAGCUGUGGUAGCUGUGAGUUACAUAAAGAAGGAAAAGACAGAGGCUUUAAGAUCCUUUGAUUUGUGGAAUUGUUGCUGGAGAAAUCUCAGCCCAAUUUGGCUUUUAUUAUACAGAGCUUUUUCCUUUGUUUGCUUGGCCUGGAUGCUCUAUAGCAUGGUCUCAAUAACUGGACCUUUUGUCUUCUUCUUCUACACCCAGUGGACUUUCACAUUAGUUAUGCUAUAUUUUGCGUUGGGGACUGUCAUAUCUGCUUAUGGAUGUUGGAUGUCCACACAAAAAACCCCAUCUGAAGAAGGAACCACAACUUUUGAGGAGGAAGAAUUCAAAGACAAAAUCAAGUUAAGCAGUUCCUAUGCAAAAAAAGAGAUUAACCAAAAAGCAGGAUCAUGGGGAUAUCUAAUGCAAGCUAUGUAUCAGACUUGUGCAGGAGCUUCUAUCUUGACAGAUUUGGUAUUUUGGUGUCUCUUAGUUCCAUUACUAGCCAAUGUUCAGUUUGAACUAACCCUGUUGAUAGGUUGUUUGCACACAGUGAAUGUUGUUUUCCUUGUAGGGGAUACGGCACUCAAUGGCCUUCCAUUUAAAUGGUUCGGCUUUGCCUAUUUUGUGCUGUGGAGUUGCCUCUAUAUUACUUUCCAAUGGAUCGUUCACGCUUGUGGUUUUAUGACAUGGUGGCCUUAUCCUUUUCUCGAGCUCAAUACACCAUGGGCACCCUUAUGGUAUUUUGGAGUGGCGUUAUUUCAUAUUCCCUGUUAUUGGAUAUACAUACUACUCUUCAAAGCCAAAAAUUCUCUUCUGCCCAGAUUGUUUCCUCGAGCUUUUGUGAGGUUAAAUUAAUUGUUGUUCUUAUGAAAUAUAGAGUAAUGAUAUGUACCAAAGCAUUACAUACAGUUACGUAAUAGUUCUUUUUUUAACUAAUUAUAUUUAUUUCAUAUUUUGUGUACACAUAUCAUUACUCGAAAUGUAAUAAUGUAUUAGCUGUUUUUUUAUCCAAAUUCAUUGUUGGCAUCCAGAGCUUAGUUUGAACAUUAUAUGCAAUGAAUUUACUUCAACUUUUAUUAAUA